CCAUUUUGUGCUGUGCAGAGCAGAGCAGAGAGCUUGGAAGUUUGAAGAAUGGCAACCUAUCUGCCGGUGGAAGUGGUGGUGAAGAUACUGUCGAGGGUGCCUCCAAAAUCUCUGAUCAGACUCAAGUGUGUCUCCAAAAGAUGGCAUGCUCUCAUAGGAAACCCAGAUUUCCUCUCAAAAAACCUCCUCAACCACUCCAUUAUCGCCCAGAACUCCAAUGAAGAUGAUCCUCUCCGUCUUAUCCUUUUCUUCGCCCAAGACUCUGAUACCGGAAAUCUAAUACACUCUUUCCGCUAUUACGACUCCCUCCACUGCGCGUCUCAAACCCCUCUGAAUCUCCCAUCACCAGCACCACACUAUUACAUCGCCGCUUCCUGUAAUGGCUUGCUCUGUCUCUGGGACGACACCGUGCGAAGCGACGUCUAUCUCUGGAAUCCCGCCACCUCAUCAGAAGUUAAGGCUCUCCCGGCAGCGUCUUCUCACCGUCACACCGGACUUAGAGUGUUUCCGGGUCAAGUGGGGUUCGGUUUCGACUCGAGAUCCAACGACUUCAAGGUGGUCAGGCUUUUUCAGGUUGUAGAAGAAGAUGGUACUGAAAGGGCUGAAGCACAAAUAUACAGCUUAAGAUGUGGUUCUUGGAGACUGCUUGAUCUAUGCGUGCCCAAUUACGUCAAUUCGCGGACCGCAGCAUUGGAUGGGGUAUUUCUAUGGUAUGCUGAUGAUGAUGAUAUAAUUGUAGCUUUUAACUUCACCGAUGAGGAGUUCCGAACGAUGAUGUUCCCGGAUGCUCGCUUUUUUUGUGAUUACGGUGAAUAUACCCGGACUGUGACGGACUUGAAGGGAUAUGUUGCUACGAUGGUUUUUCCUCUUGAUGAAAGGAAGAAAUAUAUGCAUUUGGAUAUAUGGGUUAUGAUUGAAUUUGGUGUUAGAGAGUCGUGGACUAGGCUUCUCAGCAUUCAACUCCCAUUGCAUUUGGAAAGACCAUUGAGGUUUUGGAAGAACAGGGGGUUGUUCAUGGAGAAUAGUGAGGGACAGCUGGUCUUGUAUGAUCUUUUCGCACAAACGGAGACGAAUCUUCAUUUUGAAGGGUUUGGGAGAACGUUAAAAGUUGUGGACUACACGCUAGGAUAAUCCCUGAGCACCUCUCCCAUCUGCAUGGUAAAGAUGGAAGCUUUCAUCAAAUUGAAGUCUUUGACUGUUCAUGUAGGAUUGAUUGAAGGCAACAUGGAAGGGCUAGUCCACCCAUCUUAGAAGCAGUUUAUAUUAAGAUUUUGAUGUAGUAAAUGGCAAUGUCUGAACAUUUUAGCUAUGAAUAUCUAUCUUUCUAGUUGCGGGUA